GGUAAUCGUUACUCUUGUUGUCGGAGAUGUGGAAAUUAGGCACUCGUUUUUCCGCGGACACCACACCAAGCUCCGGAUAGAAUGAUGAAUAUAACACAUGCAUCUUACCGGCAAUGAUUCGUACAUCUGCAUCACGUGUCUUCCCGUGUCGUAGCCCGGUUCUCUCUCUUUCUCUCUCCCCUCACAGCUGCGUGUUCUGCCGGUUUGUAUCGGAUUUCUUUGUACGCCAACUAGAGGCGCGCGCUAUAUAAAAACUUAGUCAAUGUCGCACUACUUAGAUGAUCGGCAACAUCAGUUUAAGAACCACUGUCGAGUCCUGUCAAUGGAAUUAAAGUGAAAUGGAGCGAAGAGGACUAUCUCCUCCGUUCUCCAUCGUGGAGUGUUGAUGAUCCCCAGUGCAAUAAGGAGAUUGAAAAAGUUAGCCCCUGUGAUAUUAUGUUUGUUCCUUCAGACAAAGCGCCAUCGGCAACACUGACUCGGCCAUAUCCCGUGCAGCCGCAUCCGCGCUGACGAUGCCGAAGCGGACUAAUCCACACUAAUCACAAACCGUUGUUUCCGGUGCGCAUCUGUAUGGUGUAUGCAUUCGCUCAUUACAUUCAUCCAUCAUCAGCACACCGGAUUGUUCUUUUGUCAUCUUCCGCAUGGCGGGCAUGUUAUCGCAUUCACCUGAGCCGUUAUUUGUUUCCGUUGCCGAUCAUCGCAUUAAUUGGACACAUCACAAUGCAUCAUCGCCAAUGUCCCUGAAUAAUAAUACAACCGACACAGUCGUUGAAUCAUCGUUUUUGAUAUCCUUUCUAUUGGGGACGUUAUAUGCGCUGAAUAUAAUUAUCUCGUUUUUGGGUAACGCCAUGGUGAUUAUUGCGGUGACCACGACGCACAAGUUGAAAACCAUUACAAACUAUCUUCUAAUGUCGCUGGCGGUAGCUGAUUUGACGGUCACGGUCCUUGUGAUGCCCUACGCACUUGUAUACGAUAUUGUCGGCACAUGGCAUUUCGGGCAAACAUUUUGUCUAUUCUGGAUGAGCUGGGAUGUGAUGUGCUGCACCGCCAGUUUGCAGCAUUUAUGCGCUGUCUCGGUAGACCGUUACUUGGCGAUUCAUGAUCCGCUGCAUUACUACGAACGUAUGUCCAGUCGCAAAGCCGUGGUAAUUGUGAUUGUUAUAUGGAUAAACAGCAGCUGCAUUUCCUUUAUGCCCAUCUUCAUGGGCUGGUACCGGAAACUUAAUCACGAAACACCCGUUGGACAAUGUUUCCUGAACAUAAACAUGACAUACGCUGUAAUAUCCGCCACUGUCUCCUUUUACAUUCCCUUCAUUAUUAUGGCCAUUUGUUAUCUGAAGAUCCUGUCGAUUGCUCUCCAACAAGCUAAAGAAAUCCAAAAAAUUCAGCGUACUGUCCAAUUACAGACAUUCGAAGACAGUCAGUGUUUAACCAACAAGUCCAAAUCACUGGCUAGUGAGCGGAAAGCAAUUAGGACACUAGGAAUUAUUUUUGGCAUGUUCUAUCUGUGCUGGCAACCAUUUUUUAUCAUCUACUGGAUCUACGCCUUCGCGGCCAAUCCGGAUAUUCCCAACUGGAUCCGGUCGACUAUUACGUGGCUGGGUUACAUUAAUUCCGCCAUGAAUCCGCUAAUCUACGCACUAAAUCCGGAUUUUCGCGCCGCGUAUAAGCGCAUCAUUAAGUCGGCACUCCGGAAAUGCGGCAUUUGUUUGGAGGAUAAUGCCGGAACAAUAAGGUAUGGCUCGACCACGAUGUACAACGUCGGAAGUGAUACGACGAAUACACUGACAAUCGGCGAUACCGCCAGCGCGGCAUUGGAGAGGAUCGGAUCGAGAAAACAUACCGCACGCAACUACGCCAGCCUGGGAGAGACUCCGAUGAGCCAAUUAAAUGGCUUGCAUACUUCCGACCGAUUGAUUGAUGAAACCUCAACAAAUCUGACUUCUAAGCCGUCGUAAACAGAAAAUUACUUAGCCAUUUAUGUUCGGCCUAACUGCGUGGCGCGACACACACUAUCAAAACUACUCCACAACCGUGGCAAUGGUUUCCGUGUAUCAUUCAGCAAAUAGGCAUUUUUGCCAGCUCAAGGGGCGUAUUCAGAUUGUGCCACGCCAAAUUAAGCUGCCUGUUAAUUCCGUGUUUUCAGUCCCUCCAAAUGAACAUUACAUGCCACCAAAACGUACGUGUAAGUGCGUCUUUGGUAAUCAGCCAAUUCUUUUUUGUAAUUAAGCUCGUAUUUUUGGGCCUAUCAACCCCUGUGCACACGUCAGUCCAUUUGCGCAAUGGCGCAAGUGGGAAUAUUUAUUUCUGAUUAAAAAU